AUUACUCUGUUUUGAUCGGUUUUGUGGCCUCAGUUUCUGAACGCAGUUUCGUAGGCUUGUUUGAAUUUCAUUCUGGCUCCUUAGCUCGACCUUUCGGUAUUGGUACUUUGGAAGAGCACUUGACUUGGGAUACUCAAUCCUCUUCUUGCAAGCUCAAGCAUUCAGAGCUUUGAGAGAUGAGAACAAGUCGAUAACACUGGUUUGGUGCUGCAUUUUAAGUUUCUCAGGUCAAUAAGAGUGGGUAGGUCAUAGGUAUUAUGAUAGGGUUCUUUUACAGCACUGGUUUUUGCAUUCAAUGGACAGGAGGCAUGUUUGUUUGCUGGCAGUUCAGCCACAGGACCACAGAUCUCAAAGCCAGCAUCCUGGUGGACGGACUCAGGGAUCUCAGAGGGUGUCCCAGGCGUGGUAUUUGAAGGCAACUAAAAAACCUAUCAGAUACGACACCCAGGUGGGGGAGGUAACCGCACAGUUCUUAAGAGCCGAAGAAAGACGUCCCAGGGUUGAAGUUGCAGGCGACAUAGAGGAAGUAGAACUGGAGCCACGCAUGCCGGGAAGGUUGGUUAGAAUUGGAAGAGGCCUGGGGGCUGAACUCAGGUCACGAGUAAUUUCUGUUCUCAGGAGAUUCAGAAAGGUCUUUGCAUGGAGUCCAGCUGAUAUGCCGGGGCUGGAUCACAAGAUUGCAGUUCAUCGUCUCAAUGUUUUGCAGGAUGCUAAACCGGUGAAGCAGAAGCGGAGGCAUUUGUCGCAAGAAAGGAGAGACUUCGUGAAGAAGGAGGUGACAACCUUGCAGAAAAAGGCCAUGUUAGCGGUCUUUUGGACGGCGAAGAGAUUAACCCCGUACUUUCAAGCUCACCGGAUCGUGGUACUCACCAAUGAGUCCUUGGCGUCACUUACUCGAAGCCCAGCGGAAUCUGCCCGUAUGACCAAGUGGGCGGUCUUCAUUAGUCAGUACAAUGUGGAGUUCAGGCCGCAUCCAUCGAUCAAAGGGCAGGCACUCGCCGACUUUCAGGUUGAGUGUACGGCCAGGGAGAUGACAAGAGCCCGGGUUGAAACCUGGGUAGAAGAUGACUGGUGGGUGAUGAGCAUUGACGGAUCUUCCGGGUCCCGAUCCUGUGGAGUAGGUAUUGUCAUGAUCACUCCGGAAAGUUUCCAGAUAUAUUAUGCUAUCAGAUUUCAGUUCCGCGUGUCCAACAAUGAAGCCGAAUAUGACGCCCUAAUUAAUGGACUAAAGAUUCUCGGCAAGCUGGGGGUGUCCAGGGUCCAGGUAUACAGCGACUCCCGCUUGGUUGUGGGACAAAUUAGUGGGGAGUUCGAAGCAAAGGAGGAGAGGAUGAAGAAAUAUCGAAACUUGUCCUUGGAAGUGUUGGGAAAAUUCGAGUAUAAGCUAGAGCACAUACCCAGGGCGUACAACGCGGAAGCUGAUGUCUUAUCCAAGCUUAGCGCUGAAUCGCCGGAGUAUAAAAGCAAGUUAGCAACUGUGGAGGAGUUGGCAACCCCCAGUCUCAAUAGGGAUGAAGUGCUUUGGGUAUCACCCGACCCCCCGGAAUGGUUAGAUAGGCUGGCUAGAUACAUUGAGGACGGCGUAGCCCCGGAAGAUCCCCAAGAAGCCCGGUUGCUGCGAAUGAGAGCACCCACCUACAAAGUGCAGGAGGGAGUCCUUUAUAAACGGUCCUACAACGGUGUUUUACUCCGCUGUCUUAGGGCGGCAGAAGCAAAAGCACUUAUGGAAGAGAUACAUGAAGGAGUAUGUGCGGCACAUCAGGGCCCAUACUCUAUCUCCAGAAGGGCGAUAAUCCAAGGAUAUUUCUGGCCAACAAUGAGGAAAGAUUGUGGGGGAUUGAUAUCGUGGGUGCCCUGCCGAAAAGGAAUUGGACAGGCAAGAUGGAUAGUGGUGGCCAUAGAUUAUUUUACCAAAUGGGUAGAGGCUGAGCCGCUUGCUGGGAUCACAGGGAAGCAGAUGAUCGAUUUCGUGGGAACCAAUAUACUUUGUAGGUUUGGGGUCUCGAAGCAGAUCAUAUCCAACAACGGAACUCAGUUUGAAGAAGCGGAAUUCCAAGACUUCCUCAAAACCUGGGGAAUUCAGCAUACGAAGGUAUCCGUAGCCUAUCCCCUGGCUAAUGGUCAGGUGGAGAACAUCAACAGGACGAUCAUAAGUGGGAUAAAAAAGAAGUUGCUGUCGGAAGGAAGCAACUGGGUGGAUGAACUACCCAGAGUCCUAUGGACAUACAGGACCACUCCAAGAAGGGCCACGGGUGAUACUCCUUUUGGCUUGGCCUAUGGGUUUGAAGCCCGGGCACCAGCUGAAAAUGUAAUCCCAACCAGGAGGGAAAUGACAUAUGACCCGGAAGUGAACGAACAGAAUCAGGCCGUUGAGCUUAAUUUCUUAGAGGAAAGAAGAGAUGAAGCGCGAAUCCGGGUAGAGAAUUACCGUCGUCAGGUGAAAUCUUACUUUGAUAGUAGGGGGAAACCGAGGGUGUUCCAGGUGGGGGAUUACAUCCUAAGAAAACGAGAAAAGAGUCAACCAACUAAGGGCGGAAAUUUGGCCAAAAAGUAUGAAGGACCUUAUAUCAUCAAGGCCGUUGUUCGCCCAGGUACCUACAAGUUGAUGACUCCAAAGGGAAAAGAAAUAGAUAUGACAUGGAAUGUAGAGCACUUGAAAGAACGCCCAAGUUUAGCCCUGCGCAUCCUCUGGUACAAGGCGAAGUCUUGUAGGGUCAUGGAGUCCCAGUCUAUCCUCCCGGACAGGAGCCUGGGUGGACUAGGAGGUGAAGGUGCAGGGAGACAGGGUGGUGGAUAGAGUCUUGAGAAUUCGCCGGGACUCAGCCCAGCCAUUUCAUUGGACUGAGCAGGAGAGGCAGGAAGAUCGUCAUCUGAAGAUGAAGAGGUUCCAGAAAGGAUUAGGUCAAUGAAAACCUUACCCUGGG